AACCUUUGCCUUUGUUUAAAUCGUCGAUCAUGUGGUUAAUUCUAGAUGCCAAUAAAGAUCAAUCGUUUUCGAAGUCAACAGUGGUAUAAACUAAGAGAUGUUUUAUCUGCCGUUUUUCAUUUUUACUCACUUUGUUUGUGGUUAUGAUGCACUAUCGGUACCGAUAGUACCUCCUCAACCUUGGAAAGCCGCUCUUAUGGCAAGAUACGUCAUACACAUGACAGAUUGGGUUUCGAUAGCAACUAUAUCUACUCAAGAAGCAAUAAAUGGUUUUCCUUUCGUAAGUUUGAAAUCCUUCAGCGAUGGUACAUCAACUAAUUCAACAGGUGUUCCAUAUCUUUAUAUGACCGAUCUAGACGUUACAGGCAAAGAUGUUAUGAAAGACAGUAGAGUUACGAUAAUGGCGACAUUAGCUGAAACUAAUUACUGCGAGAAUAAAGAAUUUGACCCGCAAGAUCCCAGAUGUGCUAAAAUACUUAUGAGUGGAAAAUUGUUUAAAAUCGAAGCAACUUCACCAGAAUACGAUUUCGGGAGAAACUCUUUAUUUGAAAAACAUCCUAGCAUGAAAAACUGGCCGAAAGAUCAUCUGUUUUAUGUUGCGAAAGUAGUUCCUGAACAAAUUGAAGUUCUAGAUUAUUUCGGAGGAUUGAAGUUCGUUACAAUCGAAGAUUAUUUUAAUGCCAAUAUAACCGAAUUAAUAAAUUUAGAUAGACACUUUUCCAGAGUUGCUAUUAUUGAUAUUGAUGCCAAUUGAUUCAUAAAAAUUAUUUGUAAAUAAAUUAAGUACGUUAGUAUCUACAUUAGAAAUGUAAUUUUACAAAAAACUGCAAAUAUAUUUUGUUUGUGAA